GUGACGUUCUGACACGUCAUGACCACUGCCACUGUGACACGCGUGACGUUCUAGAACGUCACGAGUCUGUACGGUACUACAUCGAUUAUGCUGUUCUUCCGUGGCGUCGAUCUAAGCUGUACCGCUGCACAGUGGACUCCUAGUAUGUACGAGUACAGUAUAAAAAAAACUGCGAGUCGCUCCGUAAGUUUGAACUGGAGUUACAUGCGCGUGCAUACAUUUCAAAAAAUUGAAAUUUGGCCGAUCUGUAGAGAUGGCUCGUCGUAGGUUUGCCGCGGAAGAGGCCCUCCAGGAGGUUUUCAUGGACCCUGACAGCGAUGUCGAGCCGUGGUCAGGGGAUGAUAGCUUCGAUUCUGGCGACGGGAGUGACGAGGAGUCGCUCCCGGAUCUCGUAUCGAUACCUGGUUCGCCUGACGAUAUUGGUGUGACGCACGGCGACGAGCGCGAUCAACACGACGUAGGUGACGGCGCUGCCAGUGCCGCGAGCGGGGAGAUUGAGAGCGACGAGGACCUUUCAUGCAAGAGCCAUGUCCUUGCCACCGAGAAUCUGAGCGCCCAUGACGAUGGUUCUGAAGGUAUUUGGAAAAAAGAAGAUAACACACCUCUGCUACCUCAGUUCACUGGUACACCUGGCAUGCAAGUGGAAAUGCCUGACGAUGCGACUCCAUACGAGUAUGUGCGCUUGUACUUCACCGAUGCUAUGUGGAGUCUACUUGUUGACGAGACCAAUCGCUUUGCCCGACGGUACAUAGACGCUAAUCUGGAAACCCUGGCACCGCGCGCCCUUGCUCGGAGCUGGAAGCCGGUGACCAUGUCCGAAAUGAAGAUCUUCCUGGCGCUCUAUCUGACGACAGGCAUUCUCUGGAAGCCAGCACUGGACCAGUACUGGAGUAAGGAUGCACUGAUUUCCACGCCAUCGUUCUCGGCUGCCAUGAAGCGGGACAGAUUCAUGAGUAUCCUCAUGUUUCUGCAUUUCUCGGACAACGCUGCACCGGACGAAGCUGACAAGCUACGGAAAAUUCGCCGCCUGUUAGAUCUGUUUAUCGAUCGUUUUCAGGCAGUGUACACGCCACGCAAAACCAUCUGCAUCGACGAGGAAUUGGUGGCGUGGAAGGGCCGACUGAGCUUUCGCCAAUUUAUUCCAUCUAAGCGUGCUCGAUUUGGUAUCAAGAUUUUUGCCCUGUGCGAGGAUUCUGGAUAUAUGUAUAACUUCAUUGUGUACGUCGGCAAAGAUAAUGUCAAUCUCAGCCCGGACAUGGUGAAGCAGCUGGGAGCAUCGGGCGCUGUCGUCGCGAAGCUGAUGAUUCCACUUGAGAAUCAGGGACACCACCUGUAUGUGGACAAUUGGUAUUCCAGCCUGCCACUCGCCAAGUACCUCAGUCAGCACCAGACCGGUGUAUGCGGCACCAUCCGCAAAAACCGGGUUGGUUUGCCGAAGCGACUGACUGGCUAUAAGCAGCUGAAGAAAUCAGAAUACACUUACCGUAGCUCGCAAGGAGCGCUUGUCGUAAAGCUUCAGGACACAAAGGAAGUCAUGUUCCUCUCCACUUUGCACCGUGCCAAUGCUGUGCCAACUGGCAAGCGUGAUCGAGAAGGAAAGGCUGUCAAGAAGCUACAGGUAGUCCAUGACUACAACCGGUACAUGGGUGGUGUGGACCGGAACGACGCCAUGCUCUCAAACUACACUGCUGCACGCAAAUCCACCAAGUGGUACAAAAAGCUCGGCACACAUAUCCUGGAGGAAGGGCUACUGAACGCGUUCAUCUUGUACCAGAAAGCUGGCGGCAAGCGAAAACACUAUGAUUUUAUUCGAAUUGCGAUGAGUGAGCUGUUGGCCGAAGGUGUCAAGGGACGACAUCUAGAUGCAGCAGCACCAACAGCGGCAGCGCCAACAGCGGCAGCAGCAGCACCUGCAGCAGCAGCGCCAACAGCGGCAGCAGCAGCAGCAGCACCUGCAGCAGCAGAAGCACCAGCAGCAGUACCAACAGCAACAGCAUCCGGACCAGCUCCAGCUGAGCCAACGGAACCUCAUCCGGCAGCAGCGACAGCAGCAGCAGUAGUUGAACCGCUACCAGCAGCGGCAGAGAUUGCGGAGCCAGCCCAAGUAUGCCCAGCUGCCCCAGGACGCCAUCCUGAUGUUGUUGCAGCAGCACCGACUCGCACACAGACUCACCACCAAAGCCCAAGCAGGUUGACUGGACGUCACCAUCCAGCAUUUGUCCCACCAACACCCAAGAAGGAAAAGCCGCUGAAGCGGUGCGUCGUUUGCUGGGCGAGAGGCAGGCGCAGGGAGAGCCGCGAGUGCUGCAUGUCAUGUCCGGGGCAGCCAGGCCUGUGUUCAGUGCCUUGCUUUGGAAUCUACCACACCGAGUAUGACUAUGGCCAAAUUUGAUGGUGCUGGAGCAAAGGAGCACAGCAGUUCACUGUUAUCAUGUACAUACUGUAUAUAUUGUAAAUAUAACGCCAAAUUAGCGUAAAACUACCUUUCUGAAAACGGUCAUAACUUUUGUAAUUUUUGUUGUAUUUCCAAAACAAAAACAGUUCUGUGCUCAGGAUACAUGAAAGAAUCGUUUGAAAUCAAGUUUGCUCACAUAGAGUGAAUUUAAAAUUUUGUCAUUUUUGUACUGCGUGGCAGAGGUUUUCAA